AUCGAAGGCAAAGGUAAAGAAGAACAUGAGCUGGAAAUCGAGAACACCAAGCAAUGAAGGAGAAGAAGUCAUCGAUGAGUUGGAAGGACUUUUCGAAAAAAAUGAAAAAUUUGGAGUUGAUGAGAAGCCCUCAGGCCUCGGGGUGCGCCACCUACAAGCUGUCCUCCUCUUCCUCUGCAUCACCGUCAACUACCUCAUGAGGAUCAACCUCAGCAUAGGAAUAGUCCUCAUGACUGACCGCAACACCACAUCGGAUAUACCUGUUUUUGAUUGGACCAUGAAGCAGAAGUCGAGCGCCCACAGCUCUUUCUUCUUUGGCUACUUAUUCAUGAACUUGGCAGGUGCAGUCUUAGUCACCAAGAUCAACAAUAAAUUCCUUCUCCUAGGCAGUGUCACCAUCUCAUCCGCUGUGACUGUCGCUACACCAGCCUUGGUUAUUAUGGCUGGGUUCUACAUGCUUAUCCUGAUAAGAAUAAUUCUAGGCUUCAUGCAGGGAUUUAUGAUGGCUUGUGUUAUGGGCCAAAUGUCUCGAUGGAUUCCAGCAACAGAAAGAAGUAGAUGUGGUGCAAUAGUUUUAGGAGGAGUACAUUUCGGGACCAUUGUAUCCUUUGCUACCUCUGGAGUGCUUGGCACUAAAUUCGGAGGCUGGCCAACAGUAUUCUAUUUUUCUGGCUCACUCGGUGUAAUAUGGGUUAUUAUGUGGGCCAUGAUUGGAGCUGAAUCUCCUAACUCAUGCAGAUAUAUUAGUGUUAAGGAGCGGGAUUACAUUGUGGAAGAGCUAUCUAGUAGUACUUCAUUACCUAAAAAUGUCAAAAUACCUUGGAAGGAAAUGUUGAAAAGCAAACCAUGCUGGGCACUUUUAUUGGUUACAAUUGGUCAAAAUUGGGGUUUCUGGACACUUGUCACUGAAAUGCCAUCAUAUUUCAGCUCUAUACUUAACUUUGAUUCAACAACAAAUGGAUACAUGUCAGCAUUGCCAUUUGUAUCAUUGUGGAUUUUUUCUUUUCCUGCGUCAUACAUUGCAGAUCUACUUGUCAAGAAAAAUAUUAUAUCAGUAACGGUAUGCAGAAAGGGUUGUAACACAAUAGCUCAUUGGGGAGCAGCAGUUGCACUGAUCAUCCUCACUUUUACAAAGAAUGAUAAGUUGGUUGUUAUAAUUUACAUAUUUUGUGUGACAAUGAUGGGCUUUGCAACCAUUGGUUACAACAUUAAUCAUCUUGAUAUUGUGCCAAAUUUUGCUGGAUUUUUAAUGGGUAUCACAAAUGGGCUAUCCAAUAUAAGUUCUAUUCUGGCACCACAGUUUGUUGGUAUCAUAGUGACAGAUUCCACUAAUGCAUUUCAAUGGAAAAUCGUGUUUUGGGUAUCUGCAUUAAUUUUCUUUCUCGGUAAUUUAAUUUUUAUAAUCAUGGGAAAAGCAAAACCACAACCAUUUAAUGAAAUACCAGAAGAUAUAAAGACUCCUCACAAGAAGAUGAGCAUCGCAAGUAUCUGUUCGAGACCUUAAAAACAAAACAAAAAAAACUAAAUAUGGCAAACAUCAAUGGAACUGCAAUCCUUUUCCAGAUACAACUAAAAUAAGUAGUAUCUAUUUGCUAAUGUUUUAAAAUUCUGUACCUGAUAAUGAAACAAAACCAACAUCCAUGGUUUGAACAUAUCAUAAAUUUUACUACUAAAAAAAAAAAAAAAAAAAAAAUUAUUUUGGCUCUAGUCAAAUUGUAGUUUAAAAAAUUAAUUUGAAGGAAAAAUUUAUCAAAUUAAAAUAAAUAUACCAACUGCUAAUAAAACAUUUAUAAACUUUUACAUAAUUUAGCAAAUUAACAAUUUAAAAAAUAGAAACAUUAUAUUUCAUAUCAUUCAACCCAAUAAAUCAAGUUAAUAUCAGAUAUGGUAAAUCCCAAUAUUCAAUAGUUUAUUGAAAACCACUUUGUUUCCCUUUUUUGUUGUACUUGCGGUUUUUAAAAAGUUAAACAAUUCAAAUAAUUGUGUUAAGCUUACUGACAUUCAAUUAAUCAUUAUUUUGUUGUUUUUUUUGGUGAAUUUUUCAAUAUUUUUCUAUUGGGUCACAUCAUCAAUUUUAAUUUUUAUAAAAUAAAAACUCUAAGAUUGCUUUUGUUUAAAAGGCUGGAUAAAAAUUGAACAGUAGAGAGGAAAAAAUAUUACCAACCACUGUUAGAUAAUUAGUUAUUUUUCUUCCAAGAACAGAAUUUAAAAUAUAAUUUUGUGAGAAGUAUUUAAUUAAUUGAUACAAAAAUAAAAUCAUUAACAUUCCCUCAAAUUAAAAAAGUUUUCCUUUAAUUUAUUAUUAUAUUUUCAAUUGUCUAGAGAAUGAAACCCCACCUAUAUGGACAAAUUCAUGAAUUCAUAUUGAAUGUGACACAUUAAUUAAUUUUCUAAUAUCAAUAAUUCUCAGCUACCAAAACUAUAGUCAUCAAGUACUUCAAAAAUUACAUUAAUAUUGGAAUAUAAUUAUGAUUUCAGUUGCGAAAAAUAGUUGAUAAUUUUAAAAAGGUUACUGGUAAUUUUAACUGUGAUUUCUAUAAUUAAUUAGUGUGUAAUAAUAAGAAUUUUUAAUUGUAGAAUGUAAUGAAAAUAUUUUCAUUAACCAUGUAAUGACCAUACACCAAAACAUUUAAAGAUAAUUCACAAUCAUUACUAUGAAUUACCAUGAUGCCAAAGUUUUAUUGUAUUUAUAAAUUGCCAUUCAUUUUUUUAUUUUAUCAUGUUAUGCUUCAUUACCCUUAAUCUAUAUAUGAUAUGUAUGUAAUAGAUUGUUAUAUUCAUUUUAUAAAUUAUUUUCAUUGUAUACUAAUAUUAAUGUAAAUAAUAUUAAGUAUUUAAAGUUAUGGUUUUCUUUCAUACUUUUGUUAGUGUAAAAGAAAGAAAUCAGCUAUUAGAUUUUUAAGUUCAAGUCAUGAGUAUUUGUUUUAAAGAAAGUCCACAGGAGUACUCUAUAUAUUUUUUAAAUAUUAAAUUUAAUUAUAUUGUGUAAAAGCAUUAACAUAUACAAUUAGUAUAUGGUGGAAUACAUUAGAAAUAUUUGUACAUAUAUUUAUUUCUUUUUAUUAAAAGAUUGUCUCGUACAAGUUUUAUUGUACUAAUACAUUGUAAAUAAAAAAUAUGAAUCUAA